AUGGUAGAGUCACCAAAAGGAAUUACUGCCAUAUCCCCAGGGGAUAGAAUUGCACAACUUAUUUUACUCCCCAGUCUGUAUGGUGCCCAUCCGUCUUAUGACAAAGAAAGAGGAGACAAAGGAUUUGGGUCAUCAGGAACAGAUCUCACAUUCUUAUCACUGGAUUUAGUUCAGAGACCUACAUUACAACUAACUGUCAAUGGUAUUAAACUUAUGGGAAUUUUAGAUACUGGAGCGGACCGCAGUAUUAUUGCUAGCAAAGAUUGGCCUCGAGAUUGGCCAAUACAAGUUUCUUCCAAGAUGCUACAAGGACUGGGUUAUGCUAGCGCUCCUAACAUUAGUGCAAGUUUGCUAAAUUGGCAUGAUGAAGAAGGACAUUCCGGCGUUAUGCAACCCUAUGUCCUUGAACUUCCAGUUUCCCUUUGGGGGAGGGACCUCAUGAAGUCUAUGGGUUUCAAAUUAAGCAAUGAGUAUUCCAAAGAAUCUCAAGAUAUUAUGAAAAAGAUGGGAUGCCAUCCCAAUUUUGGAUUAGGAAAGUUUUUACAAGGGAGAAAGGAGCCAAUACAGGCAACACCUAGAAAGCCCAGGCAAGGGCUGGGUUUUUCUUAG